AUGCCGUGCGCGCAUGGUGCCGCUGCCUGCUGUGCAAUGCGGACUCGCGUGAACGAGAAAAGACGCUUUGACUGCUGGGGGCCGGCGAGCUCUCCACUCCACUUCCGCACCACCAACGCCAACGCCUUUCGGACGCGCUUGAUGGCUGGCGGUCGUAUCGUUGCCACGUGGUCUGCCUCGGCUCUUGUGUUUUGUUCACGGCAUCGGGAUUACCCUGUGAUGGAGCCAUUCGGUAAAAGGAGCGGUGCCAGUGGUCAU